AUGGCGACAAACGAAGGCCCAAAACUACUUUGGAAUCCGGAAAAUGUCCGCGAUGUCGCCGAUGCACUAGGCAUCACGCUGUCUGAGGAGCCGCUGCGGCUGCUUGCCCAAGAUGUCGAGUACCGCAUCGGCCAGGUCAUUGUCGAAUCUUUGCGCUUCAUGCGUGCAGCCAAUCGCACUACUCUGACGGUCCAGGAUGUGUCGCUGGCGCUCAGAGUUCUUGACGUUGAGCCUCUCUACGGCUACGAGUCCACACGUCCUCUCCGGUAUGGCGAAGCCAGCCUCGGUCCAGGCCAGCCGCUCUUCUACAUCGAUGAUGAGGAGGUCGACUUCGAGAAGGUCAUCAAUGCACCGUUGCCUAAGGUCCCUCGUGACAUGACAUUUACUGCCCAUUGGCUCGCCGUCGAGGGUGUUCAACCAUCGAUUCCGCAGAAUCCAACCACUGCCGAAACAUCAUCCAAAGACCUUCUGCCCAAGGGUCCUGGUGCCAAUCCUGCCUUGGCUGCCCUCGCCGGCAACGACAAUGUCUCCUUCCGACCUUCUGUCAAGCACGUCAUCAGCAAGGAACUGAUUCUAUACUUUGACAAGAUUCAAGCCGCCAUACUAGAUGACGACCCGGACGAGGAAAAGAUGAGACUUCGCCAAGCAGCUCUAGAGUCUGUUCGAUCGGAUCCUGGGUUGCAUCAGCUCUUACCGUAUUUUGUCAAUUUCAUCACCAAUCAAGUGACACACCACCUGGACGAUUUAUUUAUUUUGCGUCAGAUGAUGGAGCUCGCCGAAGCCGUUGUUCAGAACCCUACACUCUUCAUCGAUCCAUAUGCGAGUGCGCUCGCAGCCCCAGUGCUUACCUGCCUGAUGUCGCGCAAGCUGGGCAAAAAUCCCAGCAGCAACGACGAGGGCGCCCUUGGCGCUGGCAACAGCAUUGACUCCACGCUUCGAGAGCAGUAUUCGCUUCGCGAGCUGGCCGCAAGCCUACUGUCAAUGAUUGCGCGCAAGUACGGCGCGAGCAAUGCGUUACUACGGCCAAAGCUGACGCGGACCUGUCUGAAGCACUUCUUGGAUCCCACUCGCCCUCCUGCAGUCCUCUUUGGUGCUAUCAGCGGCGUGGCUGCUUCGGGCGGACCUGAGGCCGUACGCGUUCUGGUUCUGCCCAACUUGAAGACAUUCGACUCCGCCGUGCUGCAGCCGUUGCGCGAGAAGGCCGGUCCCGUGGCCGAACUCGAGUAUGAGAUGCUCGUGGGCGGGAUCGUGAAGGCAGUACAGAGCAUUGUUGGAGAUCAGGCUGCCCUGGGAGCGCUCACCAAUGGUAUCAAUGGGGCAGAUUUAACCAGGGAAGGGGAGCAGGUCAUUGAAUUUCUCGGACCAAUCGUUGGCCAGCGUAUUGCGCAGCUCAGAAAUCAUACUCUGAACAGGUCAAUUUUGGAGGUUCGGCACUUGGAGUAG